CGACCGAAAACAAGACCCAGAGUGACGAGAAAGCAAUCGUCGACCAGCCUCUUGCUCUCUCCUCGCGAUUCCUACACCACCCUCUCGCACCUCCGAUCCUGCCCCAAGACAUGUUCUAAUUCACCUCCGCACGCUCGUGCUUGAUUCCCCAUCUCAAGACCUCACGGCCGAGCUUCGUCUCGCUCAACUUGGUUCGCUAUGUCUCAGGCUGGUGGUGAAGAUCUCAAGGCGAAGCUUGAGAAGAUAAAGAAGCAGCUCAGUGCUAGCUCUGGAAGCGUGCUUCUGCAGGGGCCGUUGCUUAAGCGGUCGGAGACAUUGACGUGGCUGUGUACUUCCUGCUGCUGUUAUUCGAGCACAUUUAGCAGAUUGAAGAGUAAUUGCAUAGUCGUGACACUCGAAUGUGCUGACUAAGGAUCUGUGUGAGCAGCUGCGUAAAUGGAAUCAGCGAUGGUUUACGUUAGAUCCUUCAACUGGGAGGAUGGAGUACAGGUUUCAAAGAAGUGAUCCAUCACCAAGAGGGCUAAUUCAUUUUGAUGCAGACAGCACAAUUACCGUCUCACCUUUGAAUAUCCAAGGAGACAGGAAAUACGACGGAUGUUGCUUCUACAUUGGCACCUCCCAGAAGAAAGAAUCAUUCCUUUGUGCAGAGACACCUGCUGCGGCGAGAGCUUGGGUUGCAACCUUGAGGGCUGCAGCGCUUGUGUUAAAGGCACACAAGGAGGCAGUCAAUUCAUUGAGUGGAAAUGGCCAUGCAAAACUUGGAACAGUGGCUGCUUCAGUCGCUGCUGCGAAUGCCACAGCUCAAGAGGCAAUGAAGGAUGUGCAAGCGUCCUUCAGGCCAUCUGUUGCAAUCCCACAAAGCUCGGCACUUGCUGCUAAUAACAGCGUCGACAACUCAAUCAUUCUAAAGGAAACAUUGCGAGUAAAAGAUGAAGAACUCAAUCAACUUCAGAGGGACCUCAGGGCACGAGACCUGACCAUCAAGGAGUUGGCUGAACGACUUUCUGAAACGGCUGAUGCUGCCGAAUCAGCGGCUAAGGCCGUUCACUAUGUUGACAAGGAACGUCAAGUUGCCGUGACAGAAAUAGAACACUUGAAGAAGGAGCUACAACGCGCUUCUGAUGAGAUCAAGGCAGCGGAAGAGAAGGUUGUAGCUGCCAACAUGAUGAGAGAUCUUGCAUUGCAAGAGGCUCACAGGUGGCGAGUUGAGUUAGGAAAGGCCAGAGAGCAAUGUGUCAUCAUGGAGGGUGCUGUUCAACGUGGUCAUGAACAUGCAAGACAACUGAAAAUUGCUCACGAGCAACAGCUUGCGAGCCUCUAUCAAGCACAGGAACCUAGUGUCGUGUGCAGUGCUGCAGGCACCCAAGUGAACUUGAAAGCUCAGGAUGAGAGGCCAGCAACGGCAGAAACUAUGACGGACUCCGGCGAUGUUGCCGUGGUUGAGCCUCUUGCAGUGCCCAUUCCAGCAGUAGCCUCUGCAGCCGAGAAUACAGCGAGCAUAAGGAACGUACAGGAGGUCACACAGACACCUCCACAGUUACCAUCCUCUGCACCCCAGGUUGCUGAGAACAUUGUUCAUCCAACACUGCCUCCAGAAAAUGUCAUGAAUCAAAGCCCUCCCGUCAUGACAGUGGAUUUACCUCCGCAGGCACCUGAGGUUGGGAACAACAUCGAACACAGUAGUCCUUUGGCGGGUGCACCGCCUCCAAUCGAGCACACCCUGCCCCAUGGUGCAUUCCAAGGCGAGGAGGGACAACCACUGGUCGAAGAAACGUCCGUUGAGUUUGCAACUCCUGCACCCUCUGACCAGAACCAACUAUCGAAUCAAGGAACCCCGUCGACAGCAUAAAUUCCAAUGGACGAAACAGGAGCACAUGUAACUGACCCACAAAUCAUUAAAAAAUGAUUGAUAACAAUACACGUGUGUGUACCCUGUCGCUCAGUUCUUACCACUAGGUAGAAUAGGGUUUGCUGCAGUAUUAAUAGUGUGUGAGCUUUAAUAAGUGAUUAAGUUCAGCACCUCCGUGGUUGGGCAUAGAAAAUAUCAAAGACUUGCCUCUAAACUGGUAUUGACAAGUUCUUACCCUCAGCAUUUUCAAAUAACAAGUACGUUGUCUACUGUAAAAA